AUGGGGGCCCCCCUGAGCGCCCCCGGGGGCGCGCUGUGCGGGCCCCCCCCCGGGUCACCUGGGGGCCCCCGGGGGCCCCCCGAGGGCGGGGGGGCCCCCGAGGGCCCCCCGCCCCCUUUGCUGCAGGAGGAGCAGCGGGCGCUGCCCCGCGGGGGCCCCCCUGAGGGCCCCUGCUGGUGCUGGGGCCCCCCCGCGGUCCCGGAGGCCCCCCCUGGGGGCCCCCCUCCCCCUGGGGGCCCCCUUCCCCCUGGGGGCCCCCCUCCCCCUGGGGCCCCCGCUGGGGCCCCCGGUGGGGGCCCCUCCGGGGCCCCCCCGGUCGCGGGGGGGCCCCCCGAGGCGCAGAAGAGGGGCCUCGCUGCUGCUGCGCGGUGGUGGGUGUCUUUGCUGCUGCCGCUGCAGCAGGGGGAAGAAGCAGGGGGGCCCCCCCUGCUGCUGCUGGACGGGUCCGGGCGGUACCUGCCGCUGCAGUGCGAGCGUUUGCUGCUGCUGUCUUCUUUGUGUCUUUGCCAGCACGCCCCCACCCCUGGACCCCACAGUGAAGCUCCUGCUGCUGCUGCUGCUGCUGCUGCUGCUGCGGCAGCGGCAGCGGCAGCGGCAGCGGCGGAACGCGCUGCUGCCGUGUGGGCGGCGCGCGCAGCGGCACCAGCGGGUGCAGCAGCAGCAACACGCGCUGCAGCACCAGCAGCGGCAACGGACGCGCUGCAGCAGCAGCAGCAGCAACUGCAGCAGCAGCAGCAGCAGCAGCAACUGCAGCAGCAGGUGCAGCUGCAGCAGCAAUGCCAGCAGGUCGUAGCUAGCGGCGGCGCGGUAUCAGCAGCUGCUGCCGUGCACGGAAAAAAGGCAAGCAGCAGCAGCAAGCAGCAGCAGCAAGGAGCAGCAGCAAGCAGCAGCAGCAAGCAGCAGCAGCAAGCAGCAGCAGCAAGCAGCAGCAGCAAGCAGAAGCAGCAAGCAGCAGCAGCAAGCAGCAGCAAGCAGCAAGCAGCAGCAGCAAGCAGCAGCAGCAAGCAGCAGCAGCAAGCAGCAGCAGCAAGCAGCAGCAGCAAGCAGCAGCAGCAGCAAGCAGCAGCAGCAAGCAGCAGCAGCAAGCAGCAGCAGCAAGCAGCAGCAGCAAGCAGCAAGAUCAGGUUAUUCAGCAGCAGCAGCAAGCAGCAAAAUCAGGUUAUUCAGCAGCAGGAGCAAACGGCGCGGCAGCAGCAGCAGGCAGCCAAAGCAGGUUAA